GAAGUUCUUUGGUUUGCUUUUCUUCACUAAGGUUGCUGAUCUUGGGUUAGUGUGGCUUUUGUUGCACUAAGAUUUGUUUACAUGGUAUCAGAGCCUAAGAGAUAAGCAAUUGCUCUGUGACAAGACCUCUUGCGAAGAAAUCAGCCGGUGUUCCAAAAUGGAUUCAAGUGGUCGAGUUGUUGGACUUGGUAUGGAAUUAUUGAACCAAUCCAAUUAUAAUGUAUGGAAGACUUGCAUGGAAUCUUAUCUUGUUGGUGAGGACCUUUGGGAUGUUGUUGGUGGUGAUGACAUUACGGCUCUAGAAAAUAAUGAAGAAAAUGCUAAGGCCUUUAAGCAAUGGAGGCAAAAGAAUGCUAAGGCAGAAUUUGCUUUGAAGAGGUCUAUUUCUCAUGGAAUGUUUGAGCACAUAAUUUGCUACAAAUCUGCCAAUGGAAUUUUGCAAACACUAGACAGGUUAUUCAACAAGAGAGAUGUGUCUCAACUACAGUUCUCGGAGAAUCAACUAGCUAAUGAUUGUCAACCUAUCUCUGAAGCUCGUAUGAAGCGGCAUAUUGUUCACGGGUUAAAGCCAGAGUACAUUGCUUAUGUCACCUCGCUUCAAGGGUGGGCUCAACAACCAUCCUUGGAAGAGUCUAAAAAUCUCUUGUCCUCACAAGAGUCUUUGGCCGAGCAAAUGGCAAGUUUAUCUAUGACUUAUCAAGAUGGUGGUGUUGACAAUAAAAAUGUCCAUGUAGCUAAGAAAAGGAAAAACUUCAACUCAAAAGAAAAGAAAGAUGGUGCAGAAUCUAGAGUUGGUGCCUCUAAUUCUUCAAAUUUCAAGAAGAAAAACUUUAGAUGUUAUCGGUGUGGUGGUGAUAAACAGGGUUCUUCUCAAAGCAAUGAAGAAGACUGGGGAAAGUGUUUCAUGGCCAGAAUUGCAUCCAAUCCUACUUUAAUUGAUUUUAAGAAUGAUUGGAUCAUAGAUUCUGGUUGUGGUCAUCAUGUGACUGGUGAUGCUUCCAAGUUCUCAAGUCUCCAUCUUUAUAAAGGCAAAGAUGCAAUUAUCAUAACUGACAACACGGUUCACUCUGUGGAAAAAGAGGGGACAAUUAUUCUCGGUGGAUGCAAGGAAAAUUUCAUUACACUCAAUAAUGUGUAUCAUGUCCCAGAAUUAAAAGCGGAUGUUGUUCAUGUUGGUAGAAGAAUUGAUGAUGUGUAUGUUUUAUCAACUUCAACAUCCUUUGUUGAGAAGCUAAGUGGCCAUGACAAUGCUUCUAUAAGGCAUGCUCAUCUUGGGCAUCUUAACAUGAAUAAAUUGAGAGUUAUGGCUCAUAGGCUUUCAUUUGAGAAGUCUUCUUCUAGAUUCACUUGGGUUUAUUUUGUGAAGGACAAAUCAGAAGUUUUCCUCAAAUUUCAAGAGUUCAAGGAAACUGUUGAACGAGCUCUUGGAAGGAAAAUCAAACAGCUUCGAACUGACAAUGGAGAAGGAAUGAAAUGUGUAGCUUAUGUGAUCAGCAGGGUGCCACUUAGUCCAACCAACAUGAAGUCUUCUUAUGAGUUGAUGUUUGGUGAGAAGCACAAUGUUAGGCGCUUCAAAAUUUUUGGCUCUAUCUAUUAUGUCCAUGUGCCAGAUUCUCAAAGAAAUAAGUUUGAUGCCGAGGCUAGAAAGUGUAUUUUUGUUGGCUACGAUGAACAAAAAAAGGGCUGGAAAUGCAGGGAUCCUAUCUCUCACAAAUUUGUUGUGUCAAGAAAUGUGGUUUUUGAUGAAAUUUCAUCCUACUAUGGUUCUACUAAGGAUUUGGAGCUUGAAGUUACAAGUUUGCCUUUCACAUCAAAUUCGAAUUCAUUUGCUUCACAAGAAAAGCAUGGUGAAAGGGGGAGCUCCAGUUCAAGUGCAAAUGGACCAUCUGAUGAUGAAAUUCCUUUGUGCUUUGAAAAGGCAACAGGUGUCAAAGUAUGGGAGGAUGCAAUGGAUGAGGAAAUGAAUGCACUAUUUAAAAAUGAAACUUGGGAUCUUGUUCCAAAACCCAAGGAUGUACAGCUUGUUUCUUGUAAAUGGGUGUACAAAAUUAAGCGUAAGGUUGAUGGGAGCAUAGACAGAUAUAAAGCAAGGCUGGUUGCUCAUGGAUUUUCUCAAAAGUAUGGAGAAGAUUAUGAAGAAACUUUUAGUCCUGUUGCCAAGAUGACUUCAGUUUGUACAAUAUUAGCUCUUGUAGCCUCUCAAAAUUGGAAGUUGUGGCAACUUGAUGUCAAAAAUGCUUUUCUAUAUGGAGAGCUUGAUAAAGACAUUUACAUGGAGCAACCACCAGGCUAUGUUGCAAAUUCUCAUCCAGACUUUGUUUGCAAACUCAAGAAAGCUCUUUAUGGGCUAAAGCAAGCGCCAAGGGCCUGGUAUGGAAAAAUUGCUCAAUAUUUGCAAUUUUGUGGUUAUCUUGCUUCAGAUUCUGAUCAUAGUUUAUUUGUAAAAAAGCAAUCUAGCUUGCAUGUUAUAGUUCUACUAUAUGUGGAUGACAUGAUAAUAAUAGGAAAUGAUGAAGAAGAAAUUGCAAGACUACAAGAAGAGCUCUCUAUUCGUUUUGAUAUGAAAAAUCUAGGAGAGCUAAAUCAUUUUCUCGAUUUAGAAGUUGAAAAUUUGGAAAAUGGAAUUUUUAUAACUCAAAGAAAUUAUGCAGAAAAACUUGUUGCAAAGUUUGGCUUGAAGGAAGGAAAAAAGCACUCUACUUCGCUUGACAUAAAUACCAAGCUAAGGCGUGAUGAAGGCUCCUUGUUGUCUAAUCCUCAACCUUAUCAUGCUCUUGUUGGAAAUUUGAUUUCUUUGACUAUAACAAGGCCAAAUAUUGCAUUUUCUGUUGGUCUUGUUAGUAGGUUCAUGCAAUCACCUCGAAAGCCACAUCUUGAGGCUGUGAAGAAGAUUUUGAAGUAUGUCAAUACCACCCUUGACAUGGGAUUGUUCUACAAGAAAGGAGCAAACUUUUCUCUACUUGGUUUCACAGAUGUUGAUUUUGGUGGAGCUUUGGAUAAUCGCAAAUCGACAUCUGGUUAUGUGUGGGACUGGCUCAUUGAGGAUCUUGAUUCUCCUAUUCAAGGUUCAACCAGCCUUUAUGGAGAUAAUCAAAGUGCUAUUAGGCUUGCCACCAAUCCAGUUUGUCAUGCAAGGACAAAACACAUUGAGGUGGAGCAUCAUUUCAUUAGAGAGAAGGUUCUGGAAGGAACCAUCAGUGCAUUGGAGGUGAAAAGUUAAGAUAAUGUUGUUGACAGAUUUACCAAGUCACUUUCCAAAAGCCCCUUUGAGAUGCUGCGUUCUCAACUUGGAAUUAUUUCUAGAAAAUCACUUUAAGGGGGAGUGUUAAAAUUAGUAAAGUAAUUAAUUUUCU